GGAAGUUUAUGUCUGCAAAGCCAGGCCAGUCAUGGGAAGAUGACAGGUCGAUUAACACAAUUUCUGACUGUGGUUUAGGAUGGGAAACUGCAUAGCGAGAUGCUUUGGCAUCUCAAGUAAAAGGAGAAAGUACCUGCGAACAAGAUACAGUGUGGAAAGAGAUAUUUCUGUGGAGUUUGAAAACCUUAUGGAAGAUGAUCCGGUACAGGAUGAAGUAACUAGAUUGGUGACCGAGAGAGAAAAACAACUCUUGGCUUCAAAACAGUACACAAAUCUGAUUCACGAGCAAAAACGCAUUGAUGCAGAAAUAGACAAGAAGCUUGCCCAACAAGAAGAGGAUAUUCGACUAGAAGAAGAAAAGUUCUAUGAAGCAAAACGUGAGGCAGCUCGAAUUGCAAAAUUACAGAAAGCCAAAGAAAUGAAGGCUAAAGUCUCAACCCAAGGUUCUGGCAAAUCUUGGCUUGGAGAAAAUGAAAAAGAAUGGGAUGUGGCUGGUGGUGAAGACGAUUUUGAGCUCUUUUUAGCCAAUGUUAAAGCUAGAUCAUUGAAAACCACAGCAAGACUUCGAGAAGGAGAUGGUCAAAGUUCUAAUAGUUCUGGACAAACAACAACACAUUCCAAAGAUCGGUCGCAGGCAGACGGUUCUUCUCUAGAUUUGGAAUGGGAAAAUGAGGAUGGUCUUCCCCAAGUGAAGAAAGACAAAUCUUCAACUGAUGAAAAUGCUGUCUCUUCUUCAUCAACCCAAGGAAGACAAAGUCCCAUAAAUUCCAAUGAUCUGGAAUGGGACAAUGACUUUGUGUCGGCAGAAAUCGAUACCAGUGACACUGCACAACUUCUGGCGGCGGAGAUGGCUAUUCAGAAAACAGCUUCUCGUUGAAUUACUUAUACAUGUAAUAGUUAUUUGUUGUUAAGCUGUUGACUUUUAGGUUAUAUAUUUACAAGAAACGGACAGACUUAAAAUGCUGUAAAAGAUAUUUUCAUUGGACACAAAGAGAAGAAAGUGCUAUACUUGUAGGAAUGCUUGCUUCCAGAAUCUUCAUUUGCAUUUGUGCUAACUAGGGGACCAAGAUAUUUUUACAUACAGAGUGGAUUUAAAUAACCUCAUUUAUUUAUCCUAUACAUAACAUAGAUAUGAUAAAUAAUACAUUCUAUUGUGUAUAUUCAUCUAUGUAAUAAUUUUAUCAAUAAAAUACAAUGUGUAUUCUU